AGCAGCUGAGGCAGUGAAAAGCACUUUGGGGAUGAAUGCUGACAACUCUGCUUCGCCCAAUCCAUCUGCUGGUUCCAUCAGUAACGACUCCAGUGGCAUCAAUCCAACUGCUUCAGCAGGCACCACCCCAGCAGCGUCACUUCAUUUGCUUCUGGGGGUAAUCAGCCCUGCGGCACUGGUGUAUCACCCAAAUCCAACGGCCUCUGCUGGCAGCCACCCCAGCAACCCAUCACCAAGAAAGUUUUGAACUAUUUCCUCAAAGCUUUUCUGCUUUGAGAUAAGCCUCCCUUGGUUACGCUAGUGGACUCUUUCUAUCUCUUAGAGAAAAAAAAAUUUUUUUUCGGUCACCAUCUUUUAGAGAUUGUUAUGUUAUGUUUUGCUUUUGUUUUUGUUUAUUGUUAUUGUUAUUAUAAAUUUGCCAUUAUUUAAGAGUCUUUGUGCCCCGUUUUGAUUGUCUUCCAUUCUUUUACUAAUGAAGAUUUAGGGGCUGA